CGAGAAGACACCGUCGGGCGGCUAGAGCGGUCGGACUGGCGGGUUGGGGCGAGCCGGUCAUGGAGGACAAGAUGAGCUUCUUGGAUAUUUGCGGCGGCCGCCUGGCCCUGCAGCGCCGCUACUACUCCCCAUCCUGCCGGGAGUUCUGCCUCAGCUCCCCUCGGCUCUCGUUGCGCUUGCUCACCGCUGUCACCUGCACCGUGUGGCUAGCAGCCUACGGACUCUUUACCCUCUGCGAGAACAGCAUGAUCCUCUCUGCUGCCAUCUUCGUCACCCUCUUAGGCCUGCUUGGUUACCUCCAUUUUGUGAAGAUUGAUCAGGAGACUCUGUUAAUCAUUGAUUCCCUUGGCAUCCAGAUGACUUCAUCCUAUGCCUCUGGCAAAGAAAGCACUACCUUCAUUGAGAUGGGCAAAGUGAAAGAUGUUAUCAUUAAUGAGGCUAUUUACAUGCAGAAGGUGAUUUACUACCUCUGCAUUUUAUUGAAGGAUCCGGUGGAACCACAUGGGAUAUCCCAAGUAGUACCCGUCUUCCAGAGUGCCAAGCCCCGGCUGGACUGCUUGAUUGAAGUGUACAGGAGCUGCCAGGAGAUCCUGGCAUACCAGAAAGCCACAUCCACAAGCCCAUGAGUCCCAGCAUUCAGAAGGCCAGUAUUGUCUUCCAUGGGAAAUGACUCCUAAACCCUAGGGGCUGGUGUAUUUUCUGUAUUCUAAACCAUCAGGUGGGCACAGUCCUAGAAACCAGGACGGAUGCCAUAGAGCCAUAGAGCAGGUGACUGGAAACCUAAGUCAUUGUGUGAUGUUGAGCAAAGUAUUUCUGUGUAUUUCAGUGCUCCUCUUGUAAGGUUUUGCUUAGUUGACUGAGGGGAGACCUUAAGAAAUGAUGUCAAAAGUUAUGCUGACAAAGAAUACUUUGUGAAAUUCCUAAGCACAUUCAAGUUUACUUUUUGUUGAAAUUUGUGGAGCAAGACAAUGGGAAACUGACAUCAGACCUCUUGAGAAAGACAAUUUCCAACUGCACAGUACCCCGUAUAAAAGUUAAGGAAAAAAGUUAAGCCCUUUAGGUACUAGUUAGAAGGAAGAAAUGUCCUGCACAAGACUAGUCUCUGUCCACUUAGCUCCUGUGUCUGUACAGGGUGAGUUUAUGAUGACACUCUUAAUAAACAGCUCUCCCUCCAAAACAUACACGAUAAUUGCCUGAUUCACAGACAGCUGCUUUUAUUGACAAACAUGAAUGUGGCAUUUCAGUCAUGGGUAACAAACACAUUAAUACUCUUCUAUUACUCAGCAUUAUUUAUGGUUUCGAAAACUUCUUUUGCAAAGAGGGAUGAGACAGAAGGCCAGACAGAAGUUGACUUUAUUUCCAGAUAUUUUAAAGAAGGAUAAACAUGCAAACUAUAGAAGCUUUUGUUUAUAAGGCAGUGUCUUCUGUAUUCACAACCUAAGGGAGGAUUCCUGAAGGGUUGGGAAGGAGACAGGGUGGGGGAAAUACCAUGGCCCCCAAAUUCAACAUGAACUCAGCUCCAUUCUUGCUUACUUUUCUUUGGGAUCUUAAUUUUUUUAAAACUCCCAAGUAGAUAAUAUCCUCAUUGGCCUUAGAGACACUCAAGAUAUUACAAAACCAGAGGUAUAAUUUCUGCCUUUUACACCAGCCCUGGAGAAGGGUUCUUCAGGAACCUGUGGUACAUUGACUCGUUCGAGGUAGAAAUGUCUCAGCUAGAUCCCAAAUCCUGAGAGAAAAGCAGGAACAGAAAUGGGAGAUGGUUGUAAAAUUACCAGCCUUGCAAAGUUGAGUUCAUAUGAAAGAGGCAAACACGCUGACGUGCUUCUUUUCAUCAUGCUUGUCAGUUUAAGGGAUGAGAGAAGGGUUCCUACAGCAGCUGAGGUGUUCACUUCAACUAGUUCCAGCUUUGCAGUUUUGCAGUGUGCAACACACACACUUUGUUGGGGUUAAAGGCUUGGUUCUUGGAUGUUCCUGCUAAAUUCAGUUUUCAGCACUUUAUUGAUAAAUGGUAAGACUGCCUUAGAGCUGUGAAAUAAAACUCAGUUUCUCCAAUGUUGGAAAAUCA